UCUUCCACUCUUCGUGUUUGCUUAUUCCUCGUCUUGUUUGCUUCUUCCUCUCGCAAACGCUCUCAUCAGCUCAUUGACAUCGCUAUUUCACGUCAUACUCGGCAAUCCGUCAAAUCGAACGUCAAGAGCCCCCGACGAUUCCGAGCAGCCGAGGCCGAUCUUCGAUGAACACGUCGCAGUACAUGGACAAGCAGAUAAUGGAUCUGGCGUCGUCGACGAACGCCCAGACGCAGAGCAAGGAUUUCAUCGACCUCAUGAAGCACCCCGAGGAGGAGCACCAGGCCAGCAGGAACGGCGGCGGUGACGAGAUCGAUGUGCUCAGGGCGGAGAAUAUCGUGCCAAGCUACGAUUUCCAGCCGAUUCGGCCAGUCUCCGCUGGGCUGUCCAGCCCCAAGUCGUUGAGCUUAGACGGUGAAUCGAUGGCAAGAGCUUGGAGCUCGGUCGAUUCGAAGGCCAACGACAACGCUCCAGUUCGGAACUACAGUUCUUUAGAUUCGUUUGAACCUGCAAAAGUCAUACUUGAGAAGGAUCAUCAUGCCCGCGAUGCAUCCAUAGUGUCUGAGAUCGAUCAAACGAUGAAGAGACAUGUUGAUGAUUUGCUGCAUGCAUUUGAUGCCGUUAGUGCACGACUGACACAGCUGGAAAGCAGAACUCGCAGCCUUGAGAAUUCUGUUGAUGACUUGAAGGUAAUUGCUGGGAACAAUCACGGGAGUACUGAUGGAAAAAUGAGGGAGCUGGAAAAUAUUCUUAGAGAGGUCCAAAAUGGUGUACAGGUUAUAAAAGACAAGCAGGACAUAAUGGAAAGUCACCUUCAGCUCGGGAAGCUCCAAAUCUCCAAGCCUGAUCAGCCUCGAGAAGGCCACAACCCUACCCAUGCAGAUUCUGUGCAGCCACCACCACCGCCUUCUUUUCCUCAGCAAUCACACACUCUUCAGCAACCUCCUCCUCCUCCUCCUCCUUCCUCCGCACCUUUCCAACCACCAGUCCCUUCGCUUCCUCCAUUAAUGACUCCUCUUCCUCCGCCUCCUUCUCAGCAGAACAUGCCGCCUCCGGUUCCAAUGCCAAACCAGUUCCCACAGCUCCCAAAUCCUUCCGUUCCUCAGCGAGAGCCUUACUGCCCGCCACCUCCGAGUCAACCUCAAGAGGCCUCAAAUCAGCAAUACCAGCUCCCCACGAGCCAACAGCCACUGCCUCCUGCGGCUCCCCAACAACAUCAGCAGUACCCCCCACCUCAGCAGCCUCCAUACUCCCAGCCUACACAUCCACCUCAACAUCCUUCUCAGCUUCAGACCGCUCCUGGGCAUCAUCUGGAGGAGCCGCCUUAUAUGCCUUAUCCACCGCCGAACCUCCGUCAGCCUCCACCCUCCCAGCCACCACAAAGUGGGGCCCCUCCAUCCCAGCAACUCUAUGGAUCACCAGCCCAAAUGUAUGAGCCACCCCCUGGCAGGUCGAAUCUCGGGUUUUCUUCUGAUCAAUAUCCUUAUGGUGGGUCUCCUCCUCAGUAUGGCCCCAAUUCCCCUGUGAAGCCUCACCAGCAUUCUCAGAGCAGUGGUGGAGGUGGGUACCCACAGCUCCCGACUGCUCGUAUUCUUCCUCAGGCACUACCCACUGCUUCGGGAAUAAAUAGCGGGUCAGGAUCGACUGGGACUGGGAACAGGCUCCCUGUAGACGACGUGGUGGACAAAGUCACAAGUAUGGGGUUCCCGAGAGAUCAAGUGAGGGCUACAGUCAGAAAGUUGACAGAGAACGGGCAGUCCGUGGACUUGAACGUGGUGCUAGACAAGUUAAUGAAUGAUUCUGAUGUUCAGCCCCCUAGAGGUUGGUUCGGUCGGUAAUGUUCUAUAAUUGGAGUCGAAAGAUUCCCCUCGUUAUUUAGGUUUUCUUUUGCCCGUAAGAGUGGUUUUUUUUUUUUAAUUAUUAUUAUUAUUAUUAUAUAUAUACACACUUUUUGUGCAUUCCUCCUCUUUUCUUGUGUCGUUUGGUAUAGCAUGGACAUGGUUGUAAUUCCGGGAUGGUUGUGGAGCUUGUUCAUUUUUCUGAUUUGUCAUCUGCACUUACUUCUUAUUGUUUCAAGACUAUUCUUAAGCUGGGGUGUAAUUUGUCAA